CCAUUACAUAAUCGCCGGAUGUCGAUAUGCGAUGCAGCUGAUCGAGAUCGAGCGGCAACGGGCGGGCACUAUGAUGAUGCAUGAUAUAGGUCUACAGCUGAAUUAAGUCUCAGCAAAGUCUGUAGGAAAUGGGACUGGAUUUGAUUUAAAAUCUAUGAGUUUAAUACUCCACUACAUGUGAAGUCGAGAUGGAGUAUCAUAGGUUGCAAGAACAAGGUUCCGAAGAGGAUUUAGAAGAUACAGUGAAGCUUUUAAGGCCAGCUGGAGGUGAAAAUGACCAAGAAGAAGAAAUCAUGGAUGAGCAUCCUGAUGUUCGCAGAUCAGAUCAACUGUCCAAUAUGGUACAGCAGGAUAUCCUUAAUACAUCGAUGUUAACACGUGAGGAACAGGUUAUUGAUGUAGAUCAUGACGUUUCAAUAGUCAAUAUAAACCCACCCCAUCCUAAAGGAAAGCCUACUGUAUAUUUGGUAGUUGCAGCAGCGAUGGCAGCUCUCGGAGGUGUUCUAUUCGGCUAUGAUAUUGGUAUUAUGUCUGGUGCUCUUCUACAGCUGAAGGAAGAAUUUUCACUGUCUUGUUUUGAGCAAGAGUUUGUAGUCAGUUCACUGCUUAUAGGAGCAACCAUAGGGUCAAUAUUAGGAGGAUUUGUGAUUGACAAGAUAGGGAGGAGAUGGGCCAUCAUUCUGAACUCAUUGGUUUUCAUUAUGGGAGCUAUUGUUCUUUCAGCUUCUGUAUCAUACCCAGUUUUGAUUAUUGGUCGCCUGAUAGUUGGCUUUGCUGUAUCACUAUCUGCAAUAGGAGAGUGUAUCUACAUAUCAGAAAUAUCUCCAAAGGAGAGAAGAGGUCAGUUAGUAUCUAUCAAUGAGUUAGGUAUCACCUUGGGUCUUCUCUUGGCAUACGUGGUCAACUUCUGCUUCAUCAAAGUCAUAUCAGGAUGGAGAUAUAUGUUUGCCUUGUCUGCUGUACCAGCACUGUGCCAAGGCGUGGGCAUGUUCCUGCUACCACCAAGCCCUCGAUUCCUGGUCCAACAGAAACACAAUCAACAAGCAGAGAAGGUCCUAAAGAAGCUCCGUGGAUCCGAUCACGUUUCAGAAGAACUCUCUGCAAUCCAGAGAUCUGUAUCAUUAGAGAGGACGUAUUCCAUUCUUCAUUUAUUCCAAUCAGUGGACAACAUGAGAUGGAGAAUGGGCAUUGGAACUGCUUUAGUCUUCUUUCAACAAAUAACUGGGCAGACCAAUGUAGUCUACUAUGCUCCAACUGUCUUGGAGAAUCUAGGCUUUGAGGAUAAUAUGUCAGCAACAGUUGCUUCUCUUGGAGUAGGAAUAGUCAAGGUAAUAACAACCUGUUGUUGUCUGAUGUUGGUAGAUAAGUUUGGUAGAAGGUGUUUUCUUCUCUGUGGUUCUGGAUUGAUGGCUCUCUUCAUUAUCAUACUUGGCAUCAUAACACAGACGAUACCAACAACAGUCAUCAAUGAUACAUGCCAAGCAACCUCACUUUCAGCAGAAAAUAUUUCAUUAAAUUCCACACUGCACAUGAGGCAUGUAAGAAACACUGAACCUAUAUCUGGAGAAGAGGUUGGUCCUGUGCAUUCUGAAGCUCACCCAAGGACAUUGUUUCCUUUCUCGCAUCAAGUUCAUCGUUACAGCAUAGGAGAUCGAGUUGAAAUCACAAAGAAUACUCCAACGCCCUUUCAUUCACUGGAGCAUAGGAACACACUUCUACCAGUGGGUAGUCAACAUCCAGCUGAGAGCAUAAAGGAAGUAACUCACCAUCUGAAAAGAACUGAUUUACACAGUGUCAGCAAUAGAGGGCAGCAGCACCAUUCAGAUGUCAUCCCUUCUGAUGGUGUAAGAGAGAGACGUAAUAUUCAUCGUUCAACUCAAGAGGGCUCCCUCCUAGGUGCUCACCAGGGUUCAUCAUCUCAGCUCAAUUCAAGAACUUACCUCAACGUAGCACUGGAAGAUCCUUCUAUUGUUACACUUGAUGAAGCAGAUUCUGGCACGGAUACUACAAGCAAUACGGAUGAAGAUGAAGGAAGCAGUGAGGUCCAUAUAGCAGGAUCCACAAAGUGGUCAGCUCUUGUAUUACUUCUCCUCUAUGUUGGUGCAUACUCUUUUGGAUUUGGCCCAAUCACCUGGCUCGUGAUUAGUGAGAUCUUUCCAGCUGGUGUUAGAGGGCGGGCUUCGUCUUUGACGACAGUCUUCAACUGGGGAACAAACGCCAUCAUUUCUCUGACAUUCCUUGAUGUUAUAAGAAAGUUUGGUGUGUCUUGUACCUUUCUGAUCUACGGUGGUGUGUGUUUAGUAUCGGCUGUAUUUAUCUACCUUGCAAUACCUGAGACAAAGAACUGUAGUCUAGAAAAGAUAUCAGAAGACCUGAGUAGCAACAGGUCAUCCAUCCGGGACAGAUGUACCUUGAGAUGCUUAUCUUGUGACUCCUGUUGUGUGCGCUCCUUUUCACGCUACACACCUACUUUACUCAUCACUGAUGAUAUGAUAGAAUAAGACAGUCAGAUGCUCAUCUCUUGAUUGUAUCUGUUUGUUUCCUGUAUGUGCUACACACCUACUCAACUCAUCACUGAUGAUACGACAGAAUAAGACAGUCAGAUGCUCAUCUCUUGAUUGUAUCUGUUUGUUUCCUGUAUGUGCUACACACCUACUCAACUCAUCACUGAUGAUACGACAGAAUAAGACAGUCAGAUGCUCAUCUCUUGAUUGUAUCUGUUUGUUUCCUGUAUGUGCUACACACCUACUCAACUCAUCACUGAUGAUACGACAGAAUAAGACAGUCAGAUGCUCAUCUCUUGAUUGUAUCUGUUUGUUUUCUGUAUGUGCUACACACCUACUCAACUCAUCACUGAUGAUACGACAGAAUAAGACUGUCAGAUGCUCAUCUCUUGAUUGUAUCUGUUUGUUUUCUGUAUGUGCUACACACCUACUCAACUCAUCACUGAUGAUACGACAGAAUAAGACUGUCAGAUGCUCAUCUCUUGAUUGUAUCUGUUUGUUUUCUGUAUGUGCUACACACCUACUCAACUCAUCACUGAUGAUACAACAGAAUAAGACUGUCAGAUGCUCAUCUCUUGAUUGUAUCUGUUUGUUUUCUGUAUGUGCUACACACCUACUCAACUCAUCACUGAUGAUACGACAGAAUAAGACAGUCAGAUGCUCAUCUCUUGAUUGUAUCUGUUUGUUUCCUGUAUGUGCUACACACCUACUCAACUCAUCACUGAUGAUACGACAGAAUAAGACAGUCAGAUGCUCAUCUGACUGCCACAUGUUCUGUUGAAUAUUAAAUAUUUAUUGUCUUUUACUCAUGAAAACUUACUCUGACAAUUACUGUAACACUUGACAAUGUAAAGCAAUAAUACAAAUGGUAGCGGCUGAACGUAGUGUGCGAGGUACGUGCUGAGUAAACAAAACCUUAUAGAUUAUAGUGCAAUUUAUUUUCUUCUAAAGGACCAAAUGGCUUUGUAAAAUAUUUUGUAUACAUAAUUAUAUAUCUCAUGUUUAAUGUGCUAUAUAAAUGUAGGCUGACUUAGUGUAAUCCUUAUUUACACGGUUCCCAGCUGUCCAUCAGUUGAAAUCAGGGGGGUGUCACAAAGAUCCUAUUAGUCAAACUUAACUCAAAGUUAGACUUAAACAUUAUGGAGAGCCAUUUGUAGCAUUAUAAAAUAUAUUAAAAAGCGAAAAUUCAAGUAUUUUAGACUUUAUAUAAAUUCCACAUCAAGAACAUGAAAUCCCCUUGAUAAUAGAAAAUAUGAAUGAUUUGAAUCCCAUUUCAUGCCUUUUAAAAUAAAUUUUACAAAAUAUUUCAUAGGUGCUAACCAUAAUUGUUAAAUCCAACUUAGAGAUAAGUUCAACUUAGGAUCUUUGUGAAACACUCCCCAGGUGUCCAAACUGGUGAGAUCAUAGUGUGUAUGCAACCCUUGUAACCUGGCAUGAUACUAUUUUAUUUUCAAACAAAAAUAUAAUUAUUAUUUAAAAGAAAAGAAAAAAAAAAAAAGUACUACCACAAAACAAGAGAGAAAUCAUUUGUAUUAUUCCAUAUGAUAAACAAAAAUUUAAAAAAAUUGUUGAUGGUAAUAGUCAAAGUUGACUGAUUGCUGUAAAAACACUAACCAAUAACGUAAUAAGUUCAUUUGUAUAAAAGCAGAAAAAUAACAAAUAGAAUAGCAAAAGUUUGAAAAACUAGGACCAAUAAUAAGAAAGUUAUGAAUGUUAAAAAUAUGAGAUCACUGAGUCUAAUAUGCGAAUCUCAAAUUGGCAGUUUGAUCGGUAGAUUGUGACGUAGUCGUGGAGAACACUCCCUUUUGUCACAUGUGUGGAACAAACGGGGAAAGUUGUCCGCCACUACACUACAGAGACAUUACCGAUCCAGCCAAUUUGAAGAGCCCAAACCUGUAGUGAUUACAACUUCGAGAUAUUCAUAACGUUUUUCAGCUUUCCUAUAGUAUUUCACUAUCAAAGUUGGAUUUCACGGGAGUUUUGAAACUUUUUCACAGAAAAAGCAGGGAUAUUUGUUUUCAUAAAAGGCUGGAAACCCUUUAUUCAUUUUUCAGUAAAAUCUUUUAUUGUAAGUAGAAGUCAUUCUCUAUGAUAUUGAAAAGAAAUAUGCUGUUUUAGAAUGUUCUCAUUCACGUUGAUAAUCAUGUACCAUAAUUUGUGAAAAGCUUAAUUCUGGUACACCAUGUCACAAUGUUGUUAAACUGCAGUCAACAGACUAAACAAAUCACAAGUUGCUUGAUUUGAAUAUCUUUAUUAAUAUUGGUCAAAGCUGGUAUAUUUACAUGUACAUAGUAUUGACAAGUUAUAUUUGAUACAUUAUGAGAAAGUAUGCUAUUUUCUCUAUACAUUAUGAGAAAGUAUGCUAUUUUUUCUACCAAAGUCCAUGUACCAAAUAGCAAUAAUCCAGCUGUAUAAAGUGCUGACUACAAACUUAUACAAAGUGCUGGGUAGAUAGAUACUGUAUGAUGAAAUCAGCUCUUUUGUCAUUAUAUUACCAAAUGGAUGCAUAUAAAAGUUGUAUAAAUUACUACAUUCCCAGCCAUUAAUCUCUGCUAUAGGAAUAUACAAGAAACCAGAAAACUUUGCUUUGCAGAUUGAUUCUGCAGUAUUGAACAAUUGCCUUAGGAACAUUCCAUAAUGUCUAUAUUAUGAUAUAUUAGUUUUAUUUACAUAGUGUGUGUGGUGACUUCUAUCCAUCUCACCUUGCGUUUCCCAGUGUAUUCACUGCUUAAUUCAUAUGAUGCCACAAACUUUGCACUAACAACAAAAUAUGAUUAAAAGUAGAUUUUUAAGACUAA